AUGUCUACAUUAAUUAAGAUUUUAGAAAAUACGAGCGAAUUUGGUUUUUGUUCACGUGUAGUAAAAUUACAAGGAGGAAAAUAUGAAAAAAAUUCGAAAAAAGAUGAGAGGCAAAAAAAUAUAGCUAAUCAUCCUAGAAAAUGGCUCGAUUAUUUCAAUGAUAUAGUAAAAGAUGAAUUAAAAGAUGUGAAUUCUAAAAAAUAUGAUAUAAUAAAUAAUAAUUCAGAAGCAAUUAUCCCUUUAUUAAAAAAUCAUAUUAGCUGUGGGUUGUUAUUAAACAACCCUUUUGAUUUUAAACUAAAUGCAAAGAGUGCAUGGUAUGAAGAUAAAAAAAAAAUAAUAAAAGAGCAAACAAAGAAAAAUAGGUAUUUAAAUAUGCAAAAAGAUGCAUUUUUAAAAGGAAAAAGAAUAAAAAAUAAUAAAAUAACUUUUGACGAUUUAAUAUGGGACAAUAAAUUAAAAAGGUAUGUUAAUAUACGAGAUCAACAAUGUCACAAAGAUGUAAAUGGUCUACAAUAUACAAAACAAACUUAUAAUGAAUUAAAUCAUAAAAAAAAAAAAAACUAUUCAAAAAAAAUUAAUAAAAAUAGUGUGAUCGAAUUUAAAGAACAAAAACAGAAUCCCUUCUUAGAAAGCCAUAUGAAUUUAAAAAACAUUUGUCCAAAUAAAUUAGAUUACCAAGAAAGGGAUGAUAGAAUACGAAAUAAUGGUUUUUGGUUAUGUGGCUUUAAUAGUUGUGAUAGAAGAAAUAAAAAAAGUAAUAAUAAAAAUGUUCAAAUUGUUGGCACACAUACCUACAUAGGCGAUGAUAAAAAAAUAGAAGAUAGUAGGGUCAAUAAAAAUAGUUGUGAACAAAAUUAUGCCCAUUAUUCUGAUGAAAAUAUAAUAAAAAACGUGUUUGAACGAGACAUAAGAACGAUAGGAUAUGAAGUAGAAAAUGAAAUUAUAUUUCAAUCAGAAUCUAUUAAAAAUGCAUUAACUAAAGACAAAUAUGAUAAUAUUAUAAUGAUACAAGACAAAGAAUGUGACAAAAUAAAAUUAGUUGCUAAUAAAAAUAUUGAAAUCGGAGAUGUUAUAUUUAUAGAAGAUUGUUUUUUAGAAACUUCAAUCGACUUAAAUGAUUUAUGGAAAACAUUUAAUUCUCUAAAUAAUGAACAGAAGACUCAAUUAAACUAUAUUACAGAAUUUAUUAAUAUAAAUAAAAAGAAUAAAAAAAAAGAUAUUGAAAUAUAUAAUCAAAAUAAAAAUAGUAUAUUAAAGAAACACGAUCAAAAUGGAGAUAAAAAUCGUUAUAUAUCAUAUCAAGACCGAGAUAGAAGUAACUAUGAAAGUGAUUACAUUAUAGAAAGACUUUCUAAUUUUAGAGAAAUAAAAGAAGGAAAUACUUAUAAACACAAUUUAUCUAAUAUAGGCUCUUCUGAAGUCUAUGUACCAAAAAUGGAUACUGAAAAAAUAAAUUCCACAAUAAUAGAAUCUUCUAAAGCGGACUUUUUCAAAAGAAAAACAACAGACGAUGAACAAUAUAUUAAUAAUUUAAUAAAAUUUGAAGCCUUUACAGAUAUUUUAAAAAAUUCUUUUAUUUCACCAAAAAACAAAAAUAAUAUACUUCUUUUUAAAAAGGCAUAUUUUUUAAACCAUAGCUGUUUUCCAAAUAGUAGUUAUUGUUUUAUGGAUAAUAAUAAAAUAUGUUUUAUAGCGAUGAGAAAAAUAAAUAUGUAUGAUGAAAUUAGUAUUUCUUUUAUUAAUGAACUAUAUGCUUCUAUCGAAUAUAGAAAAAAGAAAUUAAGUGAUAUUAAAAAUACAAGCUGUUCAUGUAAUAGAUGCCUGCAAAUUAUCGAUGAAAACAGAAAUAUAUUAUGUUCAUUUUGCAAAUAUGUAUAUGUUACAAACAAAAUUGAUGAACAAUAUAAAAAAGCAAUGGAAACUAAAAAUAAACUUUUAUUAGAAAAUGAAAAAUAUAAUUUUGGAGGUCAAUCAGUUGGAAGUUUUGGGGUUAAUACGUUAGAGCAAAUUCCAAAUAAAACAAAACCAGUGGGCAACGGAAAUAUGCAGAGCGAAGAAGUAAAUGACAAUAUUUAUAUGAAUAACAUAAAUUAUUUAAAAUCGGCUAAUAAGAGAAGUAAUAUGUUUGAUAAUACAACAAAUAUAAAAAUAAACAAUUAUGCAUAUCGAAGUGAAUCACUUAAAGGGUAUAAAAAGGAAAAUGAGGAAAAUAAAUAUUACAAGCAUCAAACAUAUUUUGGUAAUAUGGGUGAAAUGACAAGAGGUAUAAAAAAUGAUUCAGGCUCAUCCCCCGAAAAUUUUAACAAUUAUAUCCCAUUCUCAACACAAGGAAAUAAUAGAAUAUGUAAUAAAGAAAACAAAUUUGAAAAAGAUGAUCAUAUUUUUCAAAAAUCUAACCUUUUAAAUUCGGCCCUUUUGGAUAGUAAUUCUGAUGGUACUAAAAGGAAAAAUAAAAUGCGACCAAAUUAUAAAUUGCCCAAGGUUAGUAGCUUAGAAAAUAAUAUAAAUUUAGAUAGCAAUUUAUUAGACAUUUUAAAUACAAAAAAUGUAGAGGAACAAAUAGGAUAUUGUAAAUUGCAUAAUAAUAAUACAUGGAAAUGUGAUAGAUGCAUAGAAAAUAUUUCUGAAUAUUCAAUACCAUUAUCAAGCGAAUCAUUAUUUAUAAAAGAAUAUACAAUUAUAAAGGAGAAAAUAAAUAAUGAGAAAUGUGAUAUUGAAUCUAUUAUAAGCAAAAUAGAGAAAUCCUUAUUAUAUGUCAUAGCAAUAUUAGGAAAAAAACAUUGGCUAUAUGCAGCAUUUAAUUAUUUAAUAGCAGAUUUAUCUUUCUCUCUUUAUAAUAAUCAUAUUGAUUAUAGUGACUAUAAUAAUUGCAGUUGUUAUAAAGAUCAUAAAAAAAGUGACAUUCCAAGUCAAGCAAUACUUUUAAAAGGUUUUAAAUCAUUUCAUAUUUUUUUAGAUUUUAUCCAAAUAAAUUGUCCAUAUACAAUUCAUACCGAUUUGGUGCCACUAGUUUUGAAAUUUUUAAUAAUAUUGAUAUAUACAUAUAAUUAUGAGUCGUUUUAUGAUUUUGCAAAAUCGGGAUUCUUAGAAUUAAUUAAGCAGAAAUAUGGUCCAUGGGACAUAUCUUAUAUCUCUUUGUUAUAUUCAUUCAAAAUAUGUUAUGAACAAAUUAAUAAUUCAGGGACCCAAAAUAUAAAAAUACUUUUUUCAUUAGCUGAAUUAGCCAAAAGUAAUAUGAGCACGAAUCAUUUUUAUUGA